UAACCCUCGAGGAUUAUAUGCUAACGAAUUAAUGGCAAAUGGAUGUGACCCAUGUUGCGCAAUUUGGCCGACUUUCUUAUGUCCAUGUAGUGAUUGAUACCUACUCUCAAUUUAUAUGGGCUACUGCCCAAAGUGGAGAAACAACCAAUCAUGUAAUUAAUCAUCUUUUAGAAGCCUUUGCGGUAAUGGGAUUACCUAGUAUUAUUAAAACCGAUAAUGGUCCUGCUUAUAUUAGUAACAAAUUUAAAUCCUUUUAUGAUCAAUAUAAUAUUGUUCAUAAAACAGGCAUUGAAUAUAACCCACAAGGACAGGCAAUCGUAGAACGAGCUAAUGGCACAUUAAAAUUACAAAUUAAAAAAUUAAAACGGAGGAAAAGGAAUCCUCUUCUAGCCUUUACACAAUCUAAUGCACGAUCUAUUUUAAAUCAGGCCUUGUUUACCCUGAAUUUCUUAAAUCUCCCACAAGGAGAUAUUUUGUCCAGAGCAGAAAAACAUUUCAUCGAAGGAGAAACUACCUCCUCCCUGUUAAAAGAGGCAAUAUGGUAUAAGCCAGCUGCGGAUGCAGAAUGGCAACCAGAAUUGUUACUUUAUAGAGGAAAGGGUUAUGCUUAUGUCUCUACAGAGAAUGGACAGAUUUGCUCUUGGAUCCCCGCGCGAUGGCUCCAGCCACGGACCAAUUCGGACGGUACCGUACCGACGACGGGAUCGCGCUCCGGGCCCUGAUCUUCCAUUACAAGCCAUGGCACAUCUGAGUCUGGGCCCUUGCCGCCGCCGUCAUACGUUUGCUAUUACUUUUCCCACUUGGGGACAGAUAAAAAAGCUUAGUGGGGAAGGGCAAAAUCUUUUGCAGCGUACUGGAAAGGCUCAUUCACCUGAGAAUCUAUUUUUGGCCAUGUGCGCCCUCCUCACUGUUUCUUCUUCAGCUGAGGUCACUAAUGUAAGCUAUUGGGCCUAUAUACCUAAUCCCCCAAUGAUGGAGCCUACCCCCUGGGGCUCUGCGGAUAUCUCCGUUUAUACGGUUCCUCCAAUAUUAUCUCCGCCUUGGAAAAACUUCACUUCUCUUAAUCGUGAUGAUGGUGCUCCUUUUAAUUUCUCUUACAAAGGGGAUGGCCCUUACAUAUGUUUGGGGCCUUCUCCUUGUUUGGAGAUGAAUUGGCAAAAUUGGAUUCUGCCUGGCAAUAGUACUCUUACUUCUAGGACCCAACUACAAAGGCUUGAAGCCUGGUCCCUGAAUAUGACUUGGGAAGACGUUACUUUUGUAGAAUUUCCCUCCCUUCCUACUUGUCCUGAUUUUACAUAUCGGGAACAUGGAUAUAAGCCGUUUGUAUGGCAAGAAUGUGUUGGGAGAUUUGCAAAGCGUUAUAAGGAUUUCAUCAUGUGGGGGCCUUAUGGUCAAUUUUUUACAAAUUGCUCUGAAUGGAAUAAAACAUAUUGUAGUCCUUUAUUAUCUCAUAGGAUUCCAUCAAGGAAGAGUCGAACACUGAAGAGUCAGACAGAAAUAAUACAGAGUGACCGUCUAAUGGCUUGGGGAGACGGCGAAAUUGCAGAUCCUCGAAUCGCACAUCGAAAAUUUCCUGAUCAUAUUCAAACGCACCUCUGGAAGAUUGCAGCUGCUCUCCGACCUAUUCGACUGUAUCAGGGACAAUACGUUGGCACUUCUAGAUCCCCAUCUAAUUAUACUUCUUCUUCUUUUAAAGAAACUAAUAUUACAGCCUGUGUACCUUUGCCUUACCUCUUCCUAGUGGGAAAACUUAAUUUUAAUAAUGGAAUUAGCUGUAUAAACUGUCAGUUAUAUUCUUGUCUUAAUACCUCGGUUUCCGUUGGGUCAGAUCAUGUCAUUAUGAUACUGCAGCAACGCUCUCAUAUAUGGCUUCCUGUUAAUUUAGAAAGGCAUUGGGCUCAAAAUCCUGUGGAUAUAUUUGUCAUGGAAUUCUUUAAGAAAAUUUUACAACGAACCAAAAGAUUUCUUGGUCUAGUUGUAGCGACCAUUUUGAGUCUAAUUACUGUCACUACAUUGGCCGCAAUUUCAGGGAUUGCGUUAUAUACCUCGCUACAGACUAAACACUUUGUAGAAAUCUGGCAUCAAGAUUCUCGAGAUUUAUGGCUUUCUCAAACUAUGAUAGAUACUCGGUUACAAACACAGAUUGAUGUUCUUAAACAAACUGUGAGUUGGUUAGGAAAAAAGGUAUUGACUCUAGAACGACAAAUCUGGCUACAUUGUGAUUGGAAUUCUACAACUUUUUGUGUGACUAAUUUAAAAUAUAAUGAGUCUCAACAUGAAUGGAGUAUCGUUCAAAAUUAUCUGGAGGGUAAUUCUUCCGCUAUAGAUAUGAUUAAUAAUCUGCAGACCAAUGUACAAGAAGUGUUUGGAAAAUCAUUUCAAACCGAGGAUGCUGCGAAUUUAGCAGAUAUAUUUCUUAAAAAUUUAGAUAAGCAUUUAGAAGGGUUAGACCCAAAAGGAAUUAUACAAAGUCUGGGGCACACUGCUGGAGGCAUUGGCCUUGUCUUACUUAUUAUAAUGGUUUGUCUUAUUUUAUUAUAUUUUUGUCAUCUUCGACCUACAAGGAGUUCUCUCGUCACCCUGUGGAAGGCUAUGUUGUUACAACAAAAGAAAAAGGAGGGAAUUGAGGUGGCACAAGUGGGUUAGCUUUUUAGCCCCCGGGCCUUUGGGGCUGCUGAGGUGGCCAUGGAAACCAGGCAAACCUGAUGUAGGGGGAGAAAACGUUCUCCCCCCCGUGGAUCACGAGGCAGGCCCUGGAGGCCUGGGAUGGCGGGAGUUGGCUUUAAAUGUAUGUUGACUUAUUAACUUUAAAGAACAAAACACAUUGUCUUCCAGGGAUGGGUGAUUACGGGAAUUCUUUAAUAGGCCAGCGUCAAUAGGCUAGAGUUUCCAUUUCGCAGUGUUCCCAAUUAUAGUUUUAAUGUGUUCCCUAUUCUAGUUUCAAUGGCUCUUGUUGAUCACGUUCUGUUCUUGACUCACUAUUGUUAUUUGAUUUCUUCUACUAUAAAAGUAUGGGAAAAAUAAACCGCAACAUGCAGUUGCAAGUGCUGCCUUUGCUCUGCAUCCCCUGUGUCCUGGCUUCUUUGUAGACCCCUACCCAGGGACCCCAACGCACUAGACGUUGACAAGUGGCGCCCGAACAGGGACUCUGAAGGACGCUCAGGAGGGAGAAUGGACAGAUUUGCUCUUGGAUCCCCGCGCGAUGGCUCCAGCCACGGACCAAUUCGGACGGAUUCCAUCAAGGAAGAGUCGAACACUGAAGAGUCAGACAGAAAUAAUACAGAGUGACCGUCUAAUGGCUUGGGGAGACGGC